ACGGAAGUGAGGCGCAUGCGCAGACACGCAAACGAACGGUGUCGCUGGUGCAGGCCAAUAAAGGGUGAGUGCACGUUGCAGACCAGCACUCAUUCUUUCCGAUGACUUCAGGCAGCCAGAGCGGAGAGACGCGGGCAGGACUCUCCAGCACGUCGUCGUUCACUUGCGAAAGCGUCCUCUGAAAGAGUUUGGCGAUGUUGUGCGGGUCAGCGAGUUGGACCUGGCUUCUGCUAGGCUUCUGCGCGUGUUCGCUGCCCGAAGACGUCUCCGGAGAGCGGGAGGGCCGGACCGACGACGAGUGGGGGUCGGGCUCGCCCCCAGUGUACCGCUUCCUAGCCGACAGCCCCCCAGAAUCAACGGCGGCGGCGGCGGCGGGAAGCCCCGCGGGGUCGGUGAACUGCACGCGACGCUUCUGGUUGCCGACGCCCACGUGGGGAAUCUGCGGGGAGAACGCGGCCGGGCCGGAGGAGCUGGCCCGCUCUCGUCUGCUGGCUCUGCAGAACCGGGCCGCCCUGGAGGCCGUGACCUCCUCCUGCGGCGUGGAGGAAGGGGGGCCCUCCUACCAGCUGCAGGCCAGGGACGAGGUGCUGGGGGUGCUCUCGGACCACCGCAGUGUUGCCGAGGGCCUGGACGCCGUGGAGAAGGUCUUCGUGUCCCUGGAGGAGAAGAGGAAAGACGGCAAGGACAGGGCAAGACUCCUCACGAGUAUGAAGGAGCAUCUGGCCCACACGAGGGAGUCGGCGUCCGCCCGCUCGCGCCUGGCGUCCUCCCUGGAGGCGAGCUUGUCCGCCCUGGAGGAGAAUCUGAUCCACAUGCAGCUCCGACUGUACGAGCUCAUCCGCCAGUGACCGCGGCGACGACCAGCCCAUGAUGAUUGCACGUGGAGCGCGUCGCACUCUCUCUUGUUGUCGUGACUUUCGGCUUGUAACCAUCACACUACUAGUGCAUCGGUAACCUGAUUUAGUUUAGUUUGAAACAUCAUCUGUGUUCAUGACGGGAUGUCAUUUUAGAAAUUGGAAUUGCGUAUUUUCUAGUAAACUGUACUAAGAUUAAGUGUAAUAUGGAAAUGGGAAAUUUAGUACGUGGCAAUAAAACAUC